GUUUGCAUUUUGUUAACAUUAUGACGAAAAUUUUGCUGUUUGAUGCUGUAUUGCACUUUUAGGAUACAUCUUCUUCUUCUUCUUUGGCAAGCUACGGCUUAAGCGCAGAUUUUUGUUUACAUUUAGUCCAUAUAUAUCUGAACUCUUCAUAUCCAGGAAAUCCGAGACAGUUUUUUUUUUUUCUUUUUGGGUAAAUUCAGAUGCAUUGAAAUAAAAGUAAAAGACAGUAGGUUCAAGUACUUAGUUUAAUACAGUCAUCCUGGGAAGUGCAACUCCCCUGAAAUCAUCCAAAAAGAUGGGGGAAUACAAAAUCAGGGCAUGAAUCAAAAGACUGGGAUUGGUUGCUGCAGUUUCCUCCUUGCUUGGCCAAUGCAUCUGCAAAUCUAUUUGCUUCUCUGAAGUUAUGGCAGAAAUAGACCUGGGAAAUACGAGACAGUUGAUUUAAGCAUGAUGGCUUCAGAUUAGUCCUUCGCAGUGAAAUUGACUCAGAAACCACAAGGAAAAGUUUAGGACAAAAACUUGGGUAGACCCAGAUUUACAUGUAGACCGAGAGGUGGAAAAUAUGCCACAUCACUGAAGUUAAUUUUUUAGUUCAAAAUGCUCCCUCAACAGCAGAUCAGUCUUAUCCUUUACAUUUAUUGGCUCCACUCCGCAAUCCUCAAGACCUCAGUAAUCGGUUUCCACCACCACCAUUAUCAACACUUCCUUAUCACCUCCUUCUCCCCCACUCCCCAUAUCGACGGUCGCUCCUUUUCCGCUCCCUUUUUCCAAAAUCGGCACCUACUGCUGUAUUUCACGAACAGGUCCAGGCAGAUGAUGCGGUAAUGUCCACAAGUGGAAAGAAGCUUCUAAUUAGCACAUAAAAAACAUUGUCAUCUUGAUUGUUUGUUGUUUCCUCAUCACAUGGAUGGAUCCCGAGCAGCAGGCCAACAGUUUAUUUAUUUUGAGCUUUAGCAUCAAGACUUCUUGGCACUAAUCCCGUCCCACUCCCAAGUUUACAGCUCACCAUGCGAUGAAAGAAUUUCAUGAUUAUGUGAAUGAUGAAUUUAACUAGUGCGUUUCUAAUAAUCCUAAGAAUUUUGUAGUUGUUUUCCCCUUGACAUUUUUUGGAUUGAAAGAGGAAAGGGUUGUGGAUUUUUUAGGAUCAACUUCUUUAAUGUAGUAGAUUUUGGACCACCCGAUCUACUGAUGAAGCCGUAGCCCAAGUUUAUCUAAGGUUUUGCCGAACAAGUGCAAUAGUUAUCCACAUUGAUUUUGAUUUGGCCGAAAAAUGGCUAAUGUCCUAAAAAUUGAUUUGACCAAGCAUUACUUGUCAAGUCUUGAAUGACAGCCAUCUGUACCAUCUUUUAGGAAACUUGUACUUCUCUCUCGUCCUUUGCCUUCAUCUCCUCCGUAUUCUGUGGCAUAAAAAAGGAAAAAAUUUGGUGCCAGCCCCUGUGCUCUUGUCCUAAAGUGGCAGAAGCGAAUAUAUUGUGCUGCUUCUUUGACAUGGAUAAGAGCGAAGGAAUUAACCUCACAGAGAGAGAUUCUUCAGAAAGACUUCCUUCACUGAUUGAACAUAUUGCUGCAAAUAAAGUGGCUGGAUUUGAUAACAUUAAGGGGAAGAAUGAACUGAAUUAUCAACCAGCUGCCAUGUGUUCUCAUUGUUUAAGCCCCUUAAGCAUGGGAACUGUGGCAGCAGCUGCAGAUGGUCAGAGUGAUCUUUCUCAGACUCAAAGACUGCAUUCUGUUUCUAUUAGCAUGCCAUCUACUCCUGCGGGAAAUCAUUCCUCAAAUGCGAAAAAAGUACUCUUCAAUGAUAGUAAUGAAAUAAUUUUCAGCAAUGAUGCUUCAAAUUCUGCUGCUACAACCAAUUAUGGUGGUGCUGCAGAACUAAAAAUCACUAAGUUUCAUUCUCAGCCAAUGCCAACAGGUUCAACAUCUCAUCAGGUUGUCGCAAAUGGCAAAUUUCCAAGUCAUCCAGAAGGUCCCCUCAGGAAUCCUGCAAUUAACGGACUAAAGGAUAAAAGAUUUGACACUUUCAAAACUUGGUCUGGGAAGCUUGAGAGGCAAAUAUCCAAUUUACGUGGAAAGAACAGGGAGGAUACACAUGAUUCCAAUCCACAAGAGAAUAUAGAAGUGGAGACUUUACCUGUGGACCGGUACUUUGAUGCCUUGCAGGGGCCUGAACUUGAUACACUACGGCCAUCUGAGGAGAUAAUUCUUCCUGAAGAUAAGCAGUGGCCCUUUCUUCUUCGCUACCCAAUCUCUUCAUUUGGUAUCUGUCUUGGUGUUAGCAGCCAAGCCAUUAUGUGGAAAGCCCUUGCAACGUCUACUUCCACAAAAUUUCUGCACAUAAGCCCGGAUGUAAACCUAGCUUUGUGGUGCAUAUCGGUUGCUCUUGUUGUAAUCGUCUCUUCCAUUUACUUUCUGAAAGUGAUUUUCUACUUUGAAGCAGUUCGGCGAGAAUACUAUCACCCGAUCCGUAUCAAUUUCUUCUUUGCUCCAUGGAUAGCACUCCUUUUUUUAGCUCUAGGAGUUCCACCAUCAAUUUCUGAAAAGCUCCAUGCAGCUCUAUGGUACAUUCUUAUGUUUCCAAUCUUUUGUCUUGAGCUAAAAAUUUAUGGACAAUGGAUGUCAGGAGGAAAGAGGAGGCUUUCAAAGGUGGCCAAUCCUUCAAAUCAUCUCUCAGUUGUUGGAAAUUUUGUUGGGGCAUUGCUUGGCGCAUCCAUGGGGCUAAAAGAAGGGCCUAUUUUCUUCUUUGCUAUUGGAUUGGCUCAUUACAUGGUCUUAUUUGUCACUCUCUACCAAAGACUUCCAACAAAUGAGACACUUCCAAAGGAGCUUCACCCAGUAUUCUUUUUGUUUGUUGCAGCACCUAGUGUUGCUUCUAUGGCGUGGGCGAACAUUCAGGGAUCCUUUGAUUAUGGAUCACGGAUUGCUUACUUCAUUGCUAUGUUCCUCUAUUUCUCGCUGGCUGUUCGCAUUAACUUUUUCCGAGGCUUCAGGUUUUCUUUGGCAUGGUGGGCGUACACUUUUCCAAUGACUGGAGCUGCCAUUGCCACAAUCAGGUAUUCAAAUGUGGUAACCAAUGUAGUGACAAAAUGUUUAACUGUGAUACUAUGUGUUACUGCAACACUCACAGUAACUGCACUGCUCGUAACAACAAUCAUCCAUGCUUUCGUGCUUAGAAACCUCUUUCCCAAUGACAUUGCCAUUGCAAUUAGUCAAGGAAAGCCUAAAACAACUCGACGAUGGUUUCAUAGAAGAUCUGGCAGCUCUGAUACUACUAUUAAACAUAUUGAACACUACCUCAAGUUUGCAGAUUCAGAAGAAAAAGAUAUUGAAGCUUCUAAUGAGUCGGCAGGAAAAGUUUGAACUUCUGGCAUAAAAAGAAGUCUACAAUAUUCAGUACUUCAUCAGUUUUACAGGUCCUGAAGUACUUACAAACAGUCUAUCAAGGGAGGAGCAGUAAAUCUUGAAGUCCCGAUGAACUUGAUGUACAACUUUAUCAAUAUGGUUUAUGUAGCAAGGAGAGAUCAAGGAAAAUUUUCCACUUUCUUUGAGCUGUAAAUUGUUGUAUUAGAAACUCUGAAAGUCUGAACAGUUGGAUAUCUUUCUGAAUAAACUAAAUUUUUAGCAUGGAUAAGAGUAAUAAUUUAGUCUGUUAGUCACUUAGUCGUUGGAUGAGUCUGUAUCCCAUAGAACAUUGUAAAUUGGCUGCGGGAGUAACCUAGCCAUUGGAUG